AUAUUUUUCAUCUUUAGAUUCGGGAUAUUGCUUAUUAAGGUAAUCCUCAUCGGGUGCCAUGACGAAGAUCCACUAUACAAAGAACCCCGAUAACAGCACGAAGUCGUGCAAGGCCCGCGGGUCAGAUCUCCGUGUUCACUUCAAGAAUACUCACGAGGCAGCGAUGGCUCUGCGCGGAAUGCCGCUGAGACGUGCUCAGCGUUACCUGGAAAAUGUGAAAGAGCAGAAGGAAAUCGUUCCCUUCCUGCGCUACAAUGGCGGUGUAGGACGCAAGGCUCAAUGCAAGCAGUGGAAUACCACCCAAGGACGUUGGCCAAAGAAAUCUGCAGAGUUCCUUUUGGAUCUGCUCAAGAAUGCUGAGAGCAACGCCGAAUACAAGGGUCUUGAUGUUGAUCACCUCGUUGUUGACCAUAUUGUUGUUCAGCGAGCUGCCAAGAUGCGCCGACGAACAUAUCGUGCUCACGGACGUAUCAACCCUUACAUGUCAUCUCCCUGCCACAUAGAAGUAAUUCUUACCGAGAAGGAAGAUGUUGUUGCUAAGCCAACGGAUGAAAUCCCGAGAACUAAGAAAGAAUCAAAGAGAAAGCAGAGACGCCAAUUGGCUCGUGGAGAUUAUUGA